AUGAAACUCAAAUGGCUUCCGCAUCGACACGGUGCACGAGAGUCUGAGGACCAAAAAGCAACACCUGAGGCAUCCUUGUCAAAGCGCCGAGAGCAAGUCCGGAGGGCGCAACGGACUCAUCGUGAGCGGAAGGAAGCCUAUACCAAAGCCUUGGAGAUGGAGGUUCUUCAGCUACGAACCAACGAAGCAAACUUGAUGCAAGAGACCAAGAGGCUUUACGCUGGCAUCGAGAGGCUAAAGGAAACAUUGGCCCUGCAUGGGAUCCCGGAACCAUGGCCGGAUUCACACGACGUAGCCUUUUGUUCCUCGGCCGCCGAGGACUCGUCAGAUAAUGCUGUCGUCACCAUCGAAGGCUUACGCACCGAACGUAAUAUCCGCGUGCGGAAAGCGACCUCGUCUCCAUCAACGGCAGCUCCCACGCUACACAGCCAAAGCCACAAGGCCAUCCGACAUGAAGUUGGCCAUGUGCGGAGCGACAAGAAAAAUCAUCGGCCCAGCACGGAUGCUUCCGGUGAUCACGACGAUAGAAGUCCCUCUGGACGAAAUUCAACCAGCAUGAGAGACCUUGACCUACCGAGCCUCGGAAUUGAAUUCGUACUGACCCUCGAAAGCCCUUGUCUACCACACAUGGAGGACAGCGUGCACAAUUGCUCCGCACCUCCCGGCCACGCCCUGACAGCUUCCGCGCCUUUGCUCUUCAGAGCUCCUUCCGGGCCAGUUGUAGAAACCAGUGGAUCCUCGCGAUGGAACGUACCCAACGUGGGCUUGGAUCGCCUUUUGGAUCUCUCUUCACACUUGAGGUUGGAGGAGGAGAUAACGCCGGUGCAAGCUUGGAAUUAUAUCAGCCGCCAUCCCUCAUUCAGCGGGCUUGGGUUGCAACGGCUACGAGAGUUGACAAGCAGGUUGCUGAAGCACGUGGAGUGCCAUGGGUUUGGCGCAGUAAUCGAGCUGGCUACAUCUUCGAUGGUGGAAGGAUCCGCGGUGCAUGCUGGCUGGACCAAGGCGCCUUUCCCCGAAGGAGUUGAGGAAAUGGGAGACGGAACGGAUCAUUUGAAAGAAGCUUUGGCCGCAUGUCGAAGCCUGGAUGGCGAGGGCGGACGGGAAGUACCAGCAGGCGAAGCAGAGGGUGCCGCAGAGCAUGAACCAGGGGAUUCGCCAAGCACGCAUUGCGCGCGCGAAGACGAAGGCGAACCAGUGGUAGGUCUUGGACUGUACUUGGCGUGA